AUGCCGUGCCCCGCGCUGAAGGCCACCCUCGGGCUCCUCUUCCUCGCCGGGCUGCUGGAGGCAACCUCUGGAGGCAGCAGGCUGCACAUUGAACCCAGAGAGGCCGAGAUUGUCCUUAGCCUCCACAGCACCUUCUCCCUCGUGUGCUAUGGGGAUGGCAUGCUGGUCUGGGAACGGGACGGUCAGACUCUCGCUGCCUCGCUGGAGCACAAGGAUGGUGUCUUCGCCAGCAACCUCACCCUCAGGAACGUGACCGGCCGCCAAACGGGGGAGUACGUGUGCACCUACAGCCCUGAGCACGCUCCAGAGCCAGCGGAGAGGAAGGCGGUUUACAUCUACGUUCCAGACCCCGCCCUAGUCUUCCUCCCCACUGCUGCCGAAGAACUCUUCAUCUUCAUCACUGGUUACACAGAGGCUGUCAUUCCAUGCCGCGUGACCAACCCACAGAUGCAGGUCAUCCUCUAUGAGAAGAAGGUGGAGAACCCCAUCCUAGCUGCUUAUGACCCACAGCAGGGCUUCAAAGGCUUCUUUGAGGACAAGACCUACUUCUGCCGGGCAAUUGUGGAUGACCAGGAGGUGGAUUCAGAUACAUUCUACGUCUACAGGAUCCAAGUUUCCUCUGUGAAUGUCUCCAUCAGUGCUGUGCAGACAGUGGUGAGGCAAGGAGAGAACAUUACCCUGAUGUGCACAGUAAGCGGCAAUGAGUUGGUCAACUUCAACUGGGCUUAUCCUCGUGAGAAGGCUGGGAAGGCUGUGGAACCAGUGACCGACUUUCUGCCUGGAUCCACCCAUGAAAUCCGUUCCAUCCUCAUCAUCCAGAAUGCGGAGCUAGAUGACAGUGGGACCUACAUCUGCAAUGUCUCAGAGGGCUACCAUGAGAAAACAGACCGAAAAGAUAUCACAAUCCAUGUGAUCGAGCGGGGCUUUGUGCGCUUCCACACCCACCUGGCUAGCACGGAGUAUGCUGAGGUCCAUAAGAGCCGCACCAUCCAGGUGGAGGUGGAGGCCUACCCACCGCCCACCAUCACAUGGCUGAAGAACAACAAGACUUUGGUCAUGGAGAGCAACAGCGAGUUCACCAUCUCCAGCAGGAACCUCUCAGAAACCAGGUAUCAAACAGCUCUGGUUCUGGUGCGGGUGAAGCAAGAAGAAGGAGGAUUUUACACCAUCCGAGCUUCCAAUGAGGAUGAUGUGCAGGAGCUCUCCUUCCAUCUGCAGAUAAAUGUGCCAGCCAAGGUGGUGGAUCUCAAGGAGAACAGCAGUGCCAGCAGUGGGGAGCAGACUGUAACGUGCUCUGCUGAAGGGAUGCCGCAGCCAGAGAUCAGCUGGUCCACCUGCAGUGACAUUAAAUGGUGCAGCACCAAGGGGCAGCCCACACGGCUGCUGGGCAACGACUCGGCCGAGAUCGGCCUGCAGACCAACGCCACGUACCACGCGGAGCUGCAGGUGUACCGCGUCAACAGCACCCUGCAGCUGCACCGCGUCGACGAGCCCCUGCUGCUCCGGUGCACCGUGCAGAACUUCCUGGGCACCAACUCGCAGGACAUCACGCUGGUCCCGCACACCUUGCCAUUUAAAGUGGUCAUCAUCUCCGUCAUCCUGGCCUUGCUGGUCCUUACUGUCAUCUCCUUGGUCAUCCUCAUCAUCCUGUGGCAGAAGAAACCACGUUACGAAAUCCGUUGGAAGGUGAUUGAGUCAGUCAGCUCCGAUGGGCACGAGUACAUCUACGUGGAUCCUAUGCAGCUGCCUUAUGACUCCAGCUGGGAGGUGCCCAGGGACAAGCUGGUGUUAGGUCGCACUCUUGGCUCUGGUGCCUUUGGACGUGUGGUAGAGGCAACAGCCCAUGGCUUGAGCCAUUCGCAGUCCACUAUGAAAGUGGCAGUCAAAAUGCUCAAGUCCACUGCCAGAAGCAGCGAGAAGCAGGCCCUCAUGUCUGAGCUGAAGAUCAUGAGCCACCUGGGACCUCACCUGAACAUUGUCAACUUGCUGGGAGCCUGCACCAAAGGAGGGCCCAUCUACAUCAUCACGGAGUACUGCCGCUACGGGGACCUGGUGGACUACCUGCACCACAACAAGCACACCUUCCUGCAGUCCUACGGUGAGAAAGCCCGGAGAGAGGCGGAGCUCUACGGGAACACCAUCAAGGAGGACCACGUGCAAAGCCAUCUUUCCUUGUCUGUUGAGAGCGAUGGUGGCUACAUGGACAUGAGCAAGGAUGACUCCCUGGAUUAUGUGCCCAUGUCUGAUAUGAAGGGUGAAGUCAAGUAUGCUGACAUCGAAUCCUCCAACUACGGCACUCCAUAUGAGCUGGACAGCUACUCCCCAUCAGCUCCUGAAAGAACAGACCGGAUGACACUGAUAAACGAGUCUCCACUUCUCAGCUAUAUGGACUUGAUUGGGUUUAGCUUCCAGGUGGCCAAUGGAAUGGAGUUCCUGGCUUCCAAAAACUGCGUGCAUCGUGACCUGGCUGCAAGGAACGUCCUCAUCUGUGAGGGGAAACUGGUGAAGAUCUGCGACUUUGGUCUAGCAAGGGACAUCAUGAGGGAUUCAAACUACAUCUCCAAGGGCAGCACCUUCUUGCCUCUUAAGUGGAUGGCCCCAGAGAGCAUCUUCAACAACCUCUACACCACUCUGAGCGAUGUGUGGUCCUUUGGGAUUCUCCUCUGGGAGAUAUUCACUCUGGGAGGAACUCCCUACCCUGAACUCCCUAUGAAUGAACAGUUCUACAAUGCCAUCAAACGUGGCUAUCGGAUGUCCAAACCCACCCAUGCUUCUGACGAAAUCUAUGAUAUCAUGCAGAAGUGCUGGGAGGAGAAAUUUGAGAUAAGACCAUCCUUCUCACAGCUGGUGGUGCUCAUGGGAAACCUCCUGGUGGAUUGCUACAGAAAGAGGUACCAGCAGGUGGAUGAAGAGUUCAUGAAGAGCGACCACCCCGCUGUUGUUCGCACAAGACCCACGAUUCCUGGGCUGAACAACGCCAGGCCUGCUCCCAGCUCCCCCACCAGCAGCAUCCUCUACACAGCUGUGCACCAGAAUGGGGGCGAGAAUGACUAUAUCAUCCCCCUUCCCGACCCCAAGCCCGAGGGAAUCUGCGACCUCCCUCUGGAGGCCUCCGUCAGUCGGGCCAGCUCUAUGCUGAACGAAGUGAACACGUCAUCUACAAUAUCCUGUGACAGCCCCCUGGGCCCUCAGCAGGACGAGGAGCAGGAAUCGGACCCGCAGCUGGGCUGCCAGGAGCCGAACACGGGACACCACGAGGUGGAGGAGAGUUUCCUGUAGUCAGAGCUGAGCUGACUCUGCAGCUCCCCACAGCGAGGCCAGCUGAGGGACCGAACCAGAUGUCACGGAGAGUCAAGCUUUGCACUUGUUCAUAGGGACAUCUCUGCCCAUCCCGGCAUUCCUCUCUCCUUCCCAUCUCUUGGGAUCAAGUGGGAAAUGAGAGACUUUUUCCCCAUUGCCAUCCCCGUGCCCUGUCACAAAGAGGUGGCUCAGUGCCACAACCCGCCAUAUCACUGCCACAUCCUCCCCAGUGAUCAAAACACUGCUGGAGGGAGACAUCUCACAGACCGACAUCUUCUCUUUGAGUGGAAGACACAGGUCAGGUCUCCACAUGAGAGGCUACUUUCUACCUUGCUAAUAUGAACCUCCAGCCCUUCCCUUUCCGUGCUAUUCACACAGCAAUGAGUUUCAGCUCUCUGCACCAGCACUUCUCUGAUGGUUUCAGCACCAGCCGUAAUGCAUCACAAGUUCUGUGAAAUGCCACUAGGACAGAUUUCCUUACAGACCAUCACCGGGGUGUAGAGAAGCCAUAACACCCAGCUCCAGCUGCUGGAGAUCAAGAGCACAUUGGGUGGAUUCUCCUUUAAGCACUGCCAAGGCCUGAAGAAACCAGACUCUCUUGGAGAUAUCGGAUCACCUUUAUUGGCAGCUCCUCCACAGUGGAUAACGCAUCAUAGACACUAGAGGUACCAUGGUUCUGGGCCACAGCUCUGCACCCACGUGCAGGUAUUGUGGCACCUUGAUGACCUUUGUGCCCAGCAUGGCACCUAAGAGACCCGAGGGAAUGCCAAGAACAAGAAAUGCUCUGACAAUGUCUUUGUUGUGGUAGCAAACAGGGCAAACCAAUGUUGCUGUUGCCUGUGUGGACAUCAAGCUGAAAAGCCUCUGUUGAAGAUUUAAAGGGAACAAAUAUAUUAACCCACUAGUCAGGGCCAGUAUAAGAAGCGAUCUGGCUGUUCAUUAAUCUUCUACUGCCACUGAGCCCAGCACAUCUGCUGGGAAAUCAUAUAAACCCAUCAGCUGCAAAAUCUUUAUGCCUUCUCUUUGGGAAGCAAAGGCUCCCUUGUGGUAGACUGUUCACACUCUUUCUCAGGAUGGGAGGUCUCACCGGGCCCUCCUGAGUCAUAGCAAGACUAUGGGAGACAGUAGGAUGCCAGAACACCAACUCAGGGACGUUGCAAAAGAGAGUAGGAGCGAGGUCAGAAGGCUCGUUGGCCAGGGCUGAAUCGUGUCUAAUGCUGUCGCUCUGAAUUUUCCUGUUUGCCAAAAUACACAAAGGAAGGUAGGUCUCAACAGCAAGCAGCAUUUCUGCUGGUCAAGCACAGUCAUUUGCAGCCUGCCAAGGACUGUGGAUCAAGCACCAUAAGGAAUCAAGCAGAGCAAGAGGAAUCAGCAAGAUUCCUCUCUCUUGGAAAGCAUUUUGAAUGAAAUAGCAGAGAUCUUCCUCCUGCUUUCAGCUCCUUUCCAGCUCUCACAGACAGACCUGGGACUUCUUGUGCUCUCAGAUGGCUCUUGAACAAGGAGACCCAAAGCAGGAGGAACACCAAGCUUUUGAAAUCAUGAGCUCCUGCUCUACAGAGAGGAAAGCUGGACCCCAAAAGCUACAGUUGUGACAUCAGCAUAGGAACAAGCAGGGUUUAUUUUCCAAAAGGAGAAGUUUUGCCUUGCACAGAGCUCAAUUUGCUGCAUGUCUCUCACUCCCAUUAACCCCUCUAUUGCCCUGCUAUGCACAUCCCUGUGUGCGUCCUACAAAAGCUGCAAAGACAAUUUCGAAAAUUCAUUCAGUGUCUUUCUGGAUUUCCACCACCUCAACAUCACUGAGACUUCUUUUAUUCCUGAGACUUCUGCCUGAAGUUGUCAAUCUCUGCUAGUUAGUAACACUGCCAUAUAUGCAGCUAAAAGAGGAGUAGAUAUUUUGUGGGCUGAUAUUGUUGGCAAAAUGUGAACAUAAAAAAUGGAACUUUCAUUAGAAGCAUAAUUUCAACCUGCAUAGUCAGAUUCCCCUUCCUCCAUAGGGAUCACACUGUGAAUGACAGCUAUUUUCCACACUCUGUUCCUCCUGCUUAUAACAAAGCAUCCACCUUCAUGGUCAUGGUUCAAAGAAUCCUUACCACAGAGAAGCAACAGUGCCUGAGAUCUUUGGAGUCAGACCACUUUGUUUUUCUAACUUCUAAGGUGCUUCAUAGGAUUCAUGUCCCUGCAACCUGAGCCCAUAGGAUGCCACACCAGAUCAUCCUGGCAGCCACUGUCUGCACCAGCUCCAUUUUAGGUUGGUCCUUGUCUAUCAAAGGUGACAAAAAGUAAGCAGUCCUCCCAGGUAGCUCCAGUAUGCCAGGGUAGGUCAAACCAGGAUCUCUUAUAGGGCAUUAAUACGUUCUGAUAGGUGCUGGAGCUGUCUUGGUGUAGCUUUGGUCAAGGUUGGCCUUUUCCCAGUCACAACAUACUGGUAGUUUGGAGUCAUCCCCUGACCAAUCUCGGCACUCACAUCUUUCUACUCUUCUGGCAUUUCUAAACGAGAUACUUCCUGCUGUUCCAGACAUUGGGUCAUCAGCACCUUUUAUUAACAAACAUGUUAUUUUUGGGCUGGACUGACUAAUAAAAAUAUUUAAUGCUUUUGAUGUCAAGAGCAACCCUGGAGAACCACUUCUACUACCUCCCUCCAGCCCAAAGAUUUCCCCAUCAAUUAACCCCUUCUUACCUUCCUUUGAGACAUUUUCUUAUUCAUUUCACCACCCCUACACCAAACUCCAUAUUCUACAGAUGAAUUACUAAUGUCCCACUGCCAAAUCCUCUUCCCCAGCCCUGAAGGCAAAGAUCCAUUUCUUCUCCUCAAAGGAACUCAGGCAUCCUCUCCUAUUGGUUGGGCAUUCACUACACUUGGACGACUAUUGCAUUUUUAUCCCAUUUUUGCCUCUAUUUCAAUUACCCUUUGCACCUGUUCUGGCUGCCAAUGGGGUCACAUUUGUCAGCAAAUUGCUGCUAAUCCCACUUCCCUCUCCCCUCUAAGCAUCGGUACGCCAGUCUCUUUGCGUUAUGGUACCAUUCUCAACUUGUAGGACCAAACAUUUGCCUUUGGCCCCAGGAUUGCAAGGGCCAAGUCUUGCACUUUUUGGUACUUUCCUAUGCUAAUUUGGCUAUUCCUAUAACCCCUUAGUGAGGGCAUGCACAGCAGCUCUAGCUGCUGAUGUAGGAACUCUGGUACUGGUGUUGAACUGGUAAGCUCUGCACCUGCAGCUGUGCAUCCCAGUAGCCCAGGUGGGAGGACUUUCCUCUAAGAGAGCUCUGCAGGGGCAGAGGUUUCCAGAAGCUCCAAAAAGGAGCUCACACCUCACACAGAGCUGGAGCCAGCCCUCUCUCCCUCUCUCUCUGCUUCUGACAUUCCAGUCCCCGCACGGUCCAACGGCUGAGGGCUGUGAGAAACGG